AGUGGACAUUUAAAGGGAAACAACAACGCUCUCUUUGUAUACAUCCGAGUUUCGCAGUACAUUCUAGUCUUUUAUAAGCGACUACUGUGUGCUUCUGCGGUGACAUUAAGUUGGACUUUACUCGGAUUUAAAGAGAGGGCAUAUCGGACUAGAAACCACCAACAAUAGUGCAAAUAUUUCGGGGUCUAGUUCUUUCGAAGGAGGUUCCGUGUCCUAUCUUUCCACUCCAGCUAGACCCUGUCGCCAUCUUGAAUUUUAAUGUAAAUUAUCUGGAAAUUUUUGUUUGCUAUAUGGCAUAUUUAGACAGACAUUUCGCUCAUCUCGGUUGCUUGUGACGGAUAGGUCUUAACUUAGGAAAAAGAACAAAGUGGAAGUACCUUCUAAAUCAGCAAGCAAGUUUUUGGGGCUGCAGUCUAUAUUCAAAUUGCCCAUGCACGCGGGAGAUAAAACCGGCUUGUUCCACUUCUCUCCACAUUGCAUGAUUUCUCAUAAGCACAUAGAAGCUAAAUGCACCUUCACCAGAGAGCCAGCUGGUAUGAAGUAGAUGGGAGAAUCCAAGAACAUGGUGCUGAAUGGCAGGAGACAUGGCAGUAGGUUCUCCAGUGAUCAGCCCGUUGGGAAGACCAGGCUGCAGAAUACUCAGAGGGCUCAUCUGCGCCAGAGCAAGGGCUCCCCUAGUGGCAGGAGAUGCAGCCGACGUUUCAGCGGAGUAGCUGCAGAACCAGAACGGCGGCAUGUGCCCUCCUCGGGCAUGACUGCCAAGGAGCUGUGUGAGUAUGAUGACCUGUCCACCAGCCUGAUCCUGGACCCUUACUUGGGCUUCCAGACCCACAAAAUGAACACCAGGUUUCGGCCAAUCAAGGGUCGGCAAACAGAGCUUAGGGAAGUGAUUGAAAGCUUCAAGAAGACUGACAACCUUGAAAAAGCCUUCCAGGCUUUGACAUCUGGAGACUGGAGCAGACAUCACUUUCUCAAUAAAACCAAGGCCCAGGAAAAACUCUUUAAAGCACAUGUAUUUGUUUACUUGCGUAUGUUUGCAGCAGACAGUGGGUUUGAGAUUCUUCCAUGCAAUCGAUAUUCCUCAGAGCAAAAUGGAGCCAAAAUUGUAGCAACAAAAGAUUGGAAAAGGAAUGAUAAAAUCGAACACCUUGUGGGCUGCAUUGCUGAGUUGUCUGCUAGUGAAGAGAGAAUGUUGUUACGGCAUGGAGAAAAUGACUUCAGUGUCAUGUACUCUACACGUAAAAACUGCGCUCAGCUCUGGCUGGGACCCGCUGCCUUCAUUAAUCAUGAUUGUCGGCCAAAUUGCAAGUUUGUAUCAACAGGUCGAGACACUGCAUGUGUUAAGGUCCUGCGCGACAUUGAACCAGGGGAAGAGAUCUCCUGUUACUAUGGAGAUGGCUUCUUUGGAGAGAACAAUGAAUUCUGUGAAUGUUAUACAUGUGAAAGGCGUGGCACUGGGGCGUUUAAGUCAAAAGCAGGGCUGCCUGUAGAGGUCCCUGUGAUCAAUAGCAAGUAUGGCCUGAGAGAGACUGACAAACGGCUUAACAGGCUGAAGAAGAUGGGGGAGUGCAGCAGGAACUCUGACAGCCAGUCUGUCGCCUCCACGGAAGCAGAGUCUCAGGAACCACCCAGUGGACAGACAUUAUUACGGAAGAGGACGUUGCAGCCCUCUCUUAAAAAGCUUUGCAAAGCCAGAGCUGUAACGAGGCAAACUCUGUCAAGCACUCCUACCUCUACCUCAUCCUCUAAACGAAGUCAAACAACCAACACCAGUUUACCAAAGAGACUUAAAUUGAAGCCCACGCAGCCUUUGUCAAAGGGACGGAGACGUUGUCGAGCAGCAGAGCCUAAGGCCCCUGGCCGAGUGAGUGCUGGAAGCCUGGGUCAAAAGCAGUCCUCCCGGAGAGAGUCUGACAGGCGAGGGUCCGUCCACCUCUCUGGUUGCAGGGGCAGUGUGACCCGCACAGCAGCUCACGAAAACAAUCAGAACUCCUCAAAGGGUGCUUCAGCAUGCAAGGACAGUGUGCCUUGUCCGUACAGAACUCGUAGGUCCACCCGGACCUGUCUCAGUGCUCAGGAGGCUGUUGGUGGCAAACGGGGGUCAAAGCCGAGCAGCCCGACCAAGCUGCCCGGCGGCGUGGUCCUCAAGGCAGAGCCUGGCGACCUCAUUCCUGUGACACCUGGGCACCAGAUCAACACUCCCAGCCUUGAGGCCAGCUGUCCCAGGAAAGGGACAUGCCCCAGAAGGAGGAGGACGAUAAAACAGGAGGAGGUGAGCUCCUACGGGGACGACUUCCUCCAGGAGGGCGUGCCAGACCUGCGGCACGCAGCCCGGGCUGCCGAUGUGGCAGACUGUGGCAAGGUGCCACUCGGCCUGCCCGGCCGCCACCAGCACUACAACGGCUCGGCCAAGAGCAGCAAGCCGCUGCGACGUGGCAAAGGCAAGAAGAAGCGCCGCAUCACGCGCUACGAUGCCCAGCUGAUCCUGGAGAACAACACGGGCAUCCCCAAGCUGACCCUGCGUCGACGACGAGACAGCAGCAGCAGCAAGGCUGACCCAAGGGAUGCCAAACCGGCGCACUCGCCCGGCUCAUCCAAGAUCAGCAUCAAGUUCAGUAAAGAGCGGGAGAAGGAGCGGGCCAGCUCAUACGUGGCUAAGCUGAACAAUGGCUUUGGCCACGGCCCCCCCAGCACCUCUACCAAGCUAAAGAUCCAGCUAAGGCGCGAGGAGGACAGCCCGGGCCUGAGGAGGCCUUACCCCGAUGAUGUCACCUUCACGGGGAUAGUCAAGAGGGAAGCAGGUGAGGUUCUUGAGCAUGAGGUGGCUGCUCAGGUGGGUCAGAACAUCGAGGAGGAUUCACUGACUUCAGAGGAUGAGGAAGAGGACGACUACUUUGAUAAUGAGGAUGAUUUCAUCCCACUUCCACCAGCGAAACGCCUGCGGCUCAUAGUGGGCAAAGAUUCCAUAGACAUUGACAUCUCCUCUAGAAGAAGAGAGGACCAGUCACUCAGACUCAAUGCUUAAGCUAUGUAAAUAGUCCUUGUUCCUACCAAUCAUGUCCAUUUGAAUUAUGUAAUUUAAAUGGGGAGUACAGAUGGUUAAUUUACAAUUAAAUCGACACAAGAUAUCUUUCUCUACAUUUUAAUGAUGGCACUUCUUUAUUCCUUAUUCCUUAUGACUAUAAAUAUUGUAGAAAGUGUACAGGUAUGUAUGAAUAUUCUAUCCAAGUCUGAUUAAUGUGCAAAUGUUUGUCAGCAUUUUUUUGU